AUGGAUUCACAACCAACCUUUGUGUUCAAACUAUCAACUUUCAUUCUUCAUCUGAUUCCCAUCCUUUUUGCCUCUGGAUUUAUAGCUGCAGAGCCAUGUUGGGCAACUGAUCCGGUCUCCAAAGAAAUAAUUUGCGAAAAUACCCCAAACCCUUCAUAUUGCAAGUUCAUUCUCCCCAACCAAACCACCAAUGGGUAUGACUACGGCCGUUAUGCUGUCCGGAAAUCAUUAUUACAAUCCCAUUAUCUGCUUAAUUUGGUGAACAAGUAUCUCCAAAACAACUCGACCCUCUCUAAAACAGCAGUUCUCGCCCUUGAAGAUUGCAAGCUUCUUGCAGAACUCAACAAAGAUCUUCUUGCAAGCUCCUUAGAAACCCUCAACCCCACUAACCAAACACUUCCCAGAUCGAAAGCUGAGGACGUUCGUACCUGGCUCAGUGCCGUCCUCACAAACCAGCAAACAUGCUUGGAUGGCGUACAAGCAAUUUCUUCUAAAUUAUCUUGGAGGAGCAUGAGAAAUGGACUUUUGGUCUCAGACAACACGAACCUUUAUAGUGUAUCUCUAGCUUUGUUCACCAAGGUAUGGAUGCCUGAAAAGGAGGAGGAGGAGAUGAUUACAUGGAGGAAGCAGCUGCUUCAGAAUAUUGGUGACGUGCCAGUGAGGGAGACUGUCACUGUGAGUUGGGACGGAAGUGGGAAGUUCACCACCAUAAAUGACGCUGUUGCCGCUGCUCCAAUCAACACUAAAGGUCUAAAUGGUUACUUCUUGAUUUAUAUCAAGGCAGGAGUUUAUGAAGAGAAUGUGAACAUUGCAAAUAACAAAAACUAUCUGAUGAUGAUUGGUGAGGGCAUCAACCAAACUGUCAUAACAGGCAAUCGGAGUAUUGUAGAUGGCUGGACAACUUUCAAUUCAGCAACGUUUGCUGUAACUGCAUCAUGGUUUGUAGCAGUGAACAUAACCUUCCGCAACACUGCCGGAGCAAUCAAACACCAAGCCGUCGCAGUUCGAAACGGUGGAGAUCUAUCCGCAUUCUACAGUUGCAGCUUCGAAGGGUACCAAAACACCUUAUACACACAUUCCCAAAGACAAUUCUACAGGAAAUGCAACGUCUACGGAACAGUGGAUUUUAUAUUUGGAAACGCAGCAGCUGUUUUACAAAAUUGUAAUAUAUACCCCCGGCUUCCGAUGCGUGGCCAAUUCAACUCCAUCACGGCUCAGGGUCGAGCAGACCCGAAUCAAAACACAGGCAUUGUAAUCCACAAGGGAACCAUCAGAGCGUCCGAUGACUUAGCUUCUGACAAGGGAAGAACCAGGACUUAUUUAGGGAGGCCAUGGAGAAAGUAUUCAAGGACGGUGUACUUGAAACCCUUCAUGGAUGGUUGCAUAGAUGGAGAAGGUUGGAGUAAAUGGAGUGGAGAUUUCGCACUAAGCACAUUGUAUUACGCCGAGUAUAAAUGUCGGGGCCCUGGAUCGAAUACUAGCAAAAGAGUUACAUGGCCCGGUUAUCAUGUGUUGAAAAACAUUAUGGAAGCAAAAAAAUUUACAGUGUCCAAGUUCUUGCUUGGGAAAAUGUGGCUUCCUCAAACUGGAGUCCCAUUUACCAGUGGGUUAUAG